AGGUGCCGUUGUUGUGAUGAGAACAGACCUCUCUUGAGAGAACAGGAGAAUUGCAGCAAUCGCAACUAGUUGUUAUAUAUUUUAUUCGCGUAAAAAGCUUGUCGCCGCUUCCCUGAUCAAGUCGCUUAGAAAAGAGCGACUUGAUCCCAGUAAUCUAGUUCGCUUUGUUAAACGCCGCAUAAAGGGAUGCCGCUGCAGACAGACUCCGACGGACGCCAGCAGUCUUUGGAUUUAAUGUCAUCGCAUCUGAUCGGGAAAAGCAGCUUCUCAAUAAAAUUAAAAGGCCUCAGAAUAACUCCUGCUCGACCGAGUUCUUUCGCCAGAUACGUAAGCUCAAGUUCACAUUAAUAACUCCGUUGUGAAUAAUUAGGAAGCUAAACGCUAGCGGCUAGCUGGUCAACAACAGACCGAUAAUCUUCGACAACAUCGGUCCAGGUCGUGGCGCCAAAGCUGCUCGCUUAACUUAAAACCCACUGCUGUCCGCCUGUGUCCAAAAUAUUGAUCGGCAGCCAUGAAACUGUUGGAGAACUCCAGCUUUGAAGCCCUCAGUUCCCGUCUGUGUGUUGAAACUGGGGAGUCUCGCAUCCUUGGGAGGAUCGAGAGCUACUCCUGCAAGAUGGCAGGAGAUGAUAAACACAUGUUCAAGCAGUUCUGCCAGGAGGGGGAGCCACACGUCCUGGAGGCCCUUUCUCCCCCUCAGUCCACCAGCGCCACCAGCCCUUCACUGCUGGGGAAGAGCAGUGAAGAUGGGGAAAACCCUUUGAGUGACAAGUGUUGCAGGAAGACACUCUUCUACCUCAUCACCACGCUCAACGAGUCCUUCAGGCCGGACUACGACUUCAGCGCAGCACGUGCUCAUGAAUUCAGUCGGGAGCCCAGCCUUAACUGGGUGGCUAAUGCAGUAAACAGCAGCUUGUUCUCAGCUGUUGGAGAAGACUUCAACUCUCUGGGGCCGGAUCUGUGGAACGCCAUCGACCAGGAGAUUAACCUGCAGAGCUGUGACAUAUACAGCUAUAACCCAGAUCUGGAUUCUGACCCUUUUGGUGAAGAAGGGAGUCUCUGGUCCUUUAACUACUUCUUCUACAACAAGAAACUCAAGAGGAUUGUAUUUUUCACCUGUCGCUCUGUCAGUGUCUUGAGUGACUAUGGUCGUGGUUCUCUCUAUAAUGAGCUUGUGAUGGACCUGGAUGACGAAGAAGAAAUGGACGGCUUUACCGAGGACAGGUAACAGCCAGCACAGCUGCACGUUGUAUGUGCCCCAGAGCUCUGUGUGUGUAGAUCCUGGACAUGCCUCAUCCAAAGAAAGGCUCACCCCUUUUUUUUUUUUUUUCCCUCCUGCGGUUUUGUGUACCGCAUUUAUUUUGAUCUUGCUGACAUUUAGCUGCCUCAUCCAAAGCCAUUUCCACACUUCCCACUUGUGUUCGCUCCUCUGGUGGCAGCAAGCUGUGCAGCAAGGUGGUGGACGUUUUUGAAAUGAUGCCCCACAGCGACAUCAAGCUCCGCUACUCAUUCUCCGGGACGUCGUCUCGGAGUUUAAACAAACCCGCACACGGCUUCUUUACACAUCUUUCCAAAUACCUUGUUGAUGGAUGCUUGAUCCGAAGUUGUUGAUGUGGAUUUACAGCCGGGGCAGAGACGGAGAGAAAGUCAAUUUUACUUACAUCGUGUCAGAGUGAGUCCGGACACCAAGUCACUCAAAAUAAUGGUCCAAGUCAAUUUAUCUCAAGUUAAAAAAAUAAACUAAACUUAACCAAAUAUUUGGUUUAGGGUUUUUUUUUUUUUUUUUGAAGAUCUUGAGAAAAAUAUGACUUGUUCCAUUAUUUAAAGAGGGUGACGACCAGCACCAAUGACAACUGACAGAUGAACAUUUUGUAGUCGUCCAGCCUCCGACUGAACCGGGUCCACAGGAAAGCCACAUGAGACUGACUAAACAGAUGAGGCGAUCUGUUCUUCAAUGUGUGCUACUUUUGUGUAUGCUUUUUGUGACAGUGAUGUAACUGUGAAUCUUUUUUUUCCCUUUUAAAAAAAAAAAACAAUUGCUUUUUAAGACUGAAAUGUUUCACGGUAGCUCUGUACUUCAUAUGCUCAUGUAUACCAGUGUGAUAGGAGGAGACGGUCCAGGAGAACAUUCCUGGCACCUGAGCUGCAGCUUAGAAGACAUAUCAGCUUUUAUCAGACAUGUCUUGUUAAAUAUUUUUGUGUUGUCUGAAUAAUUUUUUUCCCCUCCCCUGUUAACAUCCUGCCUUCCUGGAUGUGUCUUCCUAAUGUUCCUGCUUGUUACCUCAUUUUAAAAGGCUUCAUUGAAAAGUGAAUGUAUAGAUUAGAGGACAAAAGCAUUACACAGUACUUUAGACAUUUGAAAAACUCCUUACAUGAUCAUUAAACAGUUUGUUUCGACGUG